AGAAUCAAUUCGUCCGAAUGACCCCGCUAGUGGGGGUUAAACACCAGCAAUAGUGUAGCCUGCCAGUGGGAGGUUUAAACACUGCCAUGACUUAUAGAGGAGACGUCUAUUUUGUUCUUGUACUGUAUCCGUUUUUCAUGUUUACACUUGUUGGCAUGCUAUAAAUUUAAUUAAGGGCACUCCAUAUUUUACUUACUGAGUUUAUCUCAUAGUUUUCCUUGUCCACCAUUUCAGGUAGUAAGACCCGACGCAUGGGGAGCCCGGGGGAGUGACGAGCUAGACGGCUAGGCACUUUUGGACUUAGAUUUUUGUAGUUAGGCCGUUAGUCACCCAUGCUUGGCUUAGAAAUUUUUGUGUACAGAACUUACUUUUAGUCAUGAUCGUAUAUAUGAAGUGAUAAAUUUUGUACAUCUUGACUAGUAAAUAUUUGGUAAAUAAAAAGGUUUAGAUUUGAAUUGUCUGAAUUGCUAAACCCGCGUGCCCUGCUCUUCCUCUCCCCCGACCCUCUGCACCCGACGAGCUCCCCCCAACUACCGCCACCCAUUUUCCGGCCGACAAUUCGGCAAAGCUUGGGGAUUUCUCCCUAUUUUCUUGUCUUAGAACACCUGUUGAACCCAGAAAAUCCCAAAUCUGCGUCUUCCUCCCUCUGCUGUCCGUCGGCUUCAACUUGUGGGUUUGAAAUUUCUAGGCGUUUUUCGAUAAGAACAGCCCUGAAUCUCCCUUUUCUCUCUUGAUUUAGGCUUGGGUUUACCUUGAAUUGUGUUUUGGUUUUUGGAUUGAGGUAGCCGUGAGUUUUCCCCCAUGGGUCCCGUCGACUUCCUCACCAGCCAAGCUCGGGUUCUGCUGGUUGGAAUUCUGGUUUUGAUCGUUCUGUCACCGUGGCACUUGGGUUAGCCUUUUGUUCUGUGCGAGUGAGGAAGCGAAACCGAGGACGGGGAAAUCAAGGGGAGUGACGAGUUAGAAGGCUAGCCAUUUUGUAAAGUGAAUAUAGAUUUGAGAUAUAGAUCAUGAUCUUGUAAACAAAAGUUUAAUUGGAGAUUUUAUAAAUUCAGUUAAUGGAUUGUUAGUUACAAGAAAUUUGACCUGGAGAUUUUGAGGUUAAGUCAUGUGGACAUAGAAAAGAAAUUUUGAAAUAUCCGAUCUAAGGUACGGGAUUGUCAGAUGUGAAUUGGAUAAGUUCCGAUCCUUGUGCAUUUGUGGGACCCGUCUCACGAGUGCACGGCGUCUGUCGCGCCUCGGAUUUGGGUUCUGGGGCGUGACAAUUGCUGACUUAGGCAUCAGAGUGUCUACCCCGAGGACCCACCUCGGGGCUUUGCAGGUCAAUCCGGAGUGCAGAUACGGACUGAAGAAGGACUUCUGGUUUGGUGCAGUUACAUUUUGGUGCCGUCUGUGGGAAUCUGAACUAAAGGCUCCCUUGUUGCUCUUAUCAUGGUUAAAACUAGGUCAGCCCGAGGGGGAAACUCGUCUCAGCCUCUUGGGCAAGGUCAGGUCCCCAGCAACCUUCCACCUCAUCCCCCACCCCCAAUCACGAAUACAUUCCCUCAUGUUGACCAUACAGAAGGAGGGGAUGAAAAUCAGCCACACAAUUCGGCUCGCAACUCAGCCUCUACUGCUAACCAAGACCUGUUAGCCCGGAACAAUCCUGGUGAUCCACCCAUCAACCUACUUAAUCCUACUCCACAACCCCCAGCUCCACCACAAAAUCUUGAACCAGUUCAGCAUGCUCCUGCUAUUAGUGAAUCUCAGGGCCAAUCUCACAUCGCACCACGAGGUGGCCCACCUCCACACCCUGCUGCUGACUCCGUACCCCACCCUCUCAACACUAAUAUUACACUGGAACCCUAUCCCGCUAGCUUCAGGAUACCACAACUUGAAACUUAUGAUGGGACGAAGGACCCCGAUGAUCAUCUCCAUGCUUUUUACUCUUGCAUGCAAGCCCAGAACGCCUUUGAUGCGCUGAUGUGCAAAAUCUUUCCCUCCACUCUCCGAGGUAAUGCUCGAACCUGGUACUACAGUCUACCUCCGAGGUCAAUCAGCUCUUAUACAGAAAUGGCAUCUACUUUUGCCACUAAGUUUUCCAAUAGAAGGUUGAUCAGGAAAACUACCUCCGAACUAAUGCGAGUUAGGCAGAGGGACGGAGAGUCUUUGAAGAAUUUUAUGAGCAGAUUCAAUGAUGCAAUAUUGGAGGUUAACUCCUUCGACCAGGCUGUAGGAAUUACAGCUGUGAUCUCAGGUCUUAGCCAUGCGAAAUUCAGAGAUAGUAUGCUUAAACAUCCUGCCACCACCUUCAACGAGCUAAAUGAUAGAUCACUGAAAUUCAUCACUGCUGAGGAAUAUGCCCUGUCGAAACGGAUGAAGACAACACAGAACCGAGGUCCCAUGCCGACUUCCACCCCGAGGUUCGAAAGGCCGAGCUCAGCACCUCCACAGCAACCUGCAGGUAAACCUCCAGCUACUUGGACCCCUUUUAAUUUGCCAAGGUCACAAAUCUUUAUGCAGAUUAAGAAUAAGAUGGACUUAAGGCGUCCGGGUCCAAUGAGAAUUGCUGCUGCUACUAGAGAUCGCGCUAGGUAUUGUGAUUUUCAUCAAGAUCACGGUCAUACAAUAGAGCAAUGCAACAGUCUGAGGUCCGAGCUGGAAAGUCUGGCUCAGAAAGGAAUGUUGAAUGAGUACAUCCAGAGAGUAGAACAACCAAGGUUUGUCAGAGAACAAAGGCCACAGCAUCAAGGAGUCCGCAAUCCCCCAAACAAGCAAGGUGUGGGAUAUCAGCAAGCCCCACCACCGUUCCCACCACCAGCUAGAAUCAUACACAUGAUUAUGGGAGGCCUGGAAGCUGGUGGACUAAGCUCUAAGCAGCGAAAGUUGUAUGUCAGAGAGGUUAAGCAUCAGAACCAAGCUCAAAAGCGAAAGUUUGACGAUGCUGAGUGGAAGAAUCAUCCGAUUACCUUCACAUCCGCUGAUCUCGAUACAGUCAUCACACCUCACAAUGAACCCCUAGUCACUUCUGUCACGAUUAACAAUUGUGAGGUGCAGCGCGUCCUUGUUGACACAGGGAGUGCACCAGACAUCAUGUACUUCCAUUAUUUUGAAAGUCUUAGGUUGGAUCCGGCUUUGUUGCAGCGGUAUGAUGGUCUCAUCUACGGAUUCAACAACCAGCCAGUCCUAGUUGAAGGAAUCCUCACCAUGAAUGUUGCAUUUGGAAGUGGCCGAAGUUAUGUGACCCCUUCAGUUAGGUUUCUGGUAGUCAAGAUGGCGUCCUCAUUCAACGUCGUCAUUGGCCGACCCACACUGACUGAAAUCCAAGCUGUGGUUUCCCAAUCUCACCUAUGCAUGAAAUUCCCAACUCCUAUGGGAAUAGCAACGCUGCGAGGCAACCAGGAGGUGACCCGACAUUGCUAUAUCACCUCGGUAACACAACCUCAGAAGGGCAAGGCUCAGACACCCGAGAUUAAUCCCAAACGGAUAGUAGAUAACCGACCAGAAGAUGAAACUAGAGCUGCUCCAGUCGAAGAUGUGGAAGAGGUACAGAUUGAUGACAGAGAUCUGAGCCGGAAAACGCAAAUUGGGACUAAAUUGAACCCGGAGGAAAGAGCAGAGCUAAUAGCUUUUCUUCGGGCCAAUAAAGAUGUUUUUGCAUGGACUUCAGCAGAUAUGUCGGGAAUUCCCACUUCAGUUUCUCAACAUAAACUCAGCACCAAUCCACUCAAGAAACCAAUAGCCCAGAAGCGACGCCUCUUUGGGGGGGAGAGGUUAAAGGUUAUUAAAGAAGAAGUCGAGAAACUCCUACAAGCCAGCUUUGUUAGAAGGGUAGAUUACUAUGAGUGGGUCGCCAAUCCGGUGCUGGUGAAAAAAGCAAACGGUAAAUGGCGGAUGUGCAUCGAUUACACCAACCUCAACGAUGCAUGUCCAAAGGACUGUUACCCAAUGCCAAACAUUGAUAAGCUGGUUGAAGCAGCUUUGGGAAACGAGAGAUUGAGUCUCUUGGAUGCAUAUUCAGGAUAUCACCAAGUGCCAAUGGCUCCAGAAGAUGAAGAGAAAACAUCGUUCUAUGCCGGCGAUGAAAUCUAUUGCUACGUGAUGAUGCCCUUCGGCUUGAAAAACGCGGGUGCUACUUACCAGAAGAUGGUUACCAUCGUAUUUCGAGCUCAAAUAGGCAGAAAUCUGGAAGUUUAUGUUGAUGACAUAGUGGUGAAGAGUUUGAAAGCUGAAGAUCAUUUAACCGACCUCGAGGAGACAUUCAACAACCUCAGAAAGAACAGAAUGAGGUUAAAUCCAGCAAAGUGCAUCUUCGGUGUGGAGUCGGGAAAAUUCCUAGGCUUCAUGGUGUCCAAAAGGGGGAUUGAGGUCAACCCUGAGAAGAUCAAAGUAGUAGCCGAAAUGGAACCUCCGAAGUCAGUAAAAGAUGUGCAGAGGUUGACAGGAAAAGUAGCAGCCCUUCAUAGAUUCAUUUUGAAAUCAGCAGAUAAAUGCCUACCGUUCUUCAAGAUCAUGAGAUUGGCCGAGGAUGGAGAAAUCCUUUACUUGUACCUCGGUAUAUCAGAUGAAGCUAUCAGUUCUGUGCUAAUAAGGGAAGAGGGGAAGCAACAGAAACCAGUUUACUACAUCAGUAGUGUGUUACAUGGAGCAAAAGUCAGAUAUUUCAUUGCUGAGAAAGCAGCCUUAGCAGUUAAGCCAGAAUGUUCGGGGAGAUUGAUCAAAUGGGCAGUUGAACUGGGUGAAUUCGAGCUCACAUUUCAACAAAGGUCAGCAAUCCGAGCUCAGGCUCUUGUCGAUUUCAUAGUAGAGUGUACCUCGGCUCACUCUGAUUCCCAGUUCGAGGUGGACAGUUGGAUUUUGUAUGUUGAUGGCGCAUCAAGUAACAAAGGUUCUGGCGCUGGUGAACUCUUACUUGGCCCAGAUGGGUAUCGAAGCGAACACGCUCUAAAAUUUAAUUUUGAUGCCACCAACAAUAUGGCCGAAUACGAAGCCCUGCUACUCGGCUUACAGCUAGCGACAGAGCUGAAGGUUGAAGUAAUACAAAUAUACAGUGAUUCACAGCUAGUAGUCAAUCAAGUCAACUCAGUCUGUGAAGUGGUUGAUCCUGUUAUGAUAAAGUAUGCAGCUUUGGUGGUCGAACUGAAAUCCAAAUUCCAGAAAUUCCACUUAAGCAAAAUACCUCGAGCUGAAAAUGAGCAAGCAGACUCCCUCUCCAAGUUUGCUUUGGAUGCCAACCAAAGCUCCAAAUUGGUCUUUGUAGAAAUUCUGGAUGAGCCUAGCUUCCUGAAGCCACGAGUGUUGGAGGUCAGCACAGAUCCUAGCUUGUCGAGCUGGACAGAUCCAAUUAUCUCGUUUCUACGAGAUGGCACAGUGCCUGCAAAUAAACAGGAAGAGAUGAGGUUGCGGAAGAAGGCAUCUCAGUAUACCCUUGUUAAUGAUGUCCUCUACAAGAGAUCUUUCUUACUCCCUUUGCUCUGCUGCCUAACCCCUUACGAGGCUGAAUACGCACUUCGGGAGGUGCAUGAAGGUGUCUGCGGAAGUCACGUAGGUGCUCGAACUUUGACCCAUAAAGUCCUUAGACAAGGUUAUUAUUGGCCCAACAUGUAUAAGGAUGCCAUCCAGUUCAUUCAGAGGUGUCAGCAGUGUCAGUUCUUCGCACAUCUGAUCCACCAGCCUAUAGAAGAGCUCACUACUCUGGUAGCACCUUGGCCAUUUGCUCAGUGGGGUCUUGACCUUUUAGGUCCAUUUAUGAAGGGUGUAGGAGGUGUAACCCAUCUCAUCGUUGGUGUGGAUUAUUUCACAAAAUGGGUCGAAGCUCGGGCACUAUCCAGUCUUACCUCCAAGAAGGUUGAAGACUUUGUUUUCAGCUCGAUCAUUUGCAGAUAUGGGAUCCCGAAUCAGAUUGUAGCUGAUAAUGGAACUCAGUUCAAUUGCUCCUCAUUCCGAGAUUUCUGUUCCAGUUACGGGAUUAAACUGCACUUCACCUCGGUUUACCAUCCGAAGUCCAACGACAUGGUCGAAUCUGUUAACAAAUGCAUCUUAAAAGGGUCACCCAUUUCAAUGAAGGACGAAAUGGACAACUGCUUCGGGAAAACCUUGGUUUGCUUGACGAAAGUCAGAGAAGAAGCACGACUUCGAACUCUAGUCUACAAGCAGAAGAUAGCAAACUUCUACAAUAAACGAGUUCGACCCCGAACAUUCAAAGUAGGAGACCUUGUUCUCAAGAAAGCUGGUCUAACGGGGUUCGAAACUCGAUUUGGAAAGUUGGCACCAAACUGGGAAGGCCCCUACACUAUAACCGAAGUGCCGCACCCAGGUGCUUAUAUCCUGCGAGACACCGAAGGCAAACGGGUUCCUAGAGUCUGGAAUGUCAAUAACUUGAAGAACUUUUACCCUUAAGUAUACCUCAUUUAAGUGAAUUUUGUCUUUAUCACUUCCAUUCCUUCCGCUCAACCUAAUGUGUAUUUGAACUCAAUUCAUUUAUCUCUUUAAUAAGUUUCACUUCAUAUUUGAAGUAAUUCAGUUCUGUGUACUCUUCUAUAUGUUGAAAGUGGGAUCUCACUUAUUUUUGAAGUCUGUUCAUUCUGACUCAUUCAGUCACUUCAUUUUCUGAGUUAUCAUCUUGUUAAUCAGUUAUGCUUUUGAAGUGUUUUACUUUAUCUUUUCUUAUCUACAUGUUUGAAGGCCGAAGUCAAUUCCCUU